GUCGGCUCAAGGACAGAAAUUGAUUGCAGGUGAGGGUGACAAACAAACUGUCCCGCUUUAGUCCAGCCAUUGUUGCAGCUUUCAUUGGAAAUGAGAGCGACUGCAAAGAAGGGGAUCCAGUAGGACUAAAGUAUUGUGGAUAUAGCCUCUGGUCUUCGGCAGUGUCAGUGUAUGCCACCUUUCCCUGUAUUACUCUGGAUGGAUACCGGAUCCGGGUCCCCUCCAUCUUCCAUGGUGGCAGGCCCUCCUCCACUGUGGCGGCUGGCUGAGAGGCGAAGCAGAAAGGCUGGCUCGGGGAACAUUUUCAGCAAUGUGAAUCUGUGGCAGAUCCAAAGGCUUUUCAGAGCGGCUGGGGACCAGGAUGCUGAGCAACGGGCCCAGCUUAUUUGGGGCCACAGAGAUGAGGCUGAACUGGCACAGGCUUUAGUAGCAAUGAGGGCCCGGAGUCACCACAGAGGGCUGAGGACUAAUGGAAGAGACAUUCUGGGCUCACGGUGGCUGAGAGCCUUCAAUCACCUCAGGAUUGGAGAGAGCUUGCCAAGCAUUCAAGGGAAGGAACCUGCAGAUGAGAGUGAGUCUGAGUCUGGGGCACACAGUAGUCCAGAGCCACACCGACACACCUCAGUAGGGACAACAGGAAGAAGCACAGUGGCCACAGUGGCACUAAAUGAGAGCCAGGGCCCCACAGGGACAUCUGAGAGACCAGUUAGAGCUUGCGUGGGACUGAGGAGAGGAGGAGAGAAGAAUGACCCAGAGAGAUACCUCCACAGAAUACUUCACUGACUUGACCAAAACAUCUGAAAUAUCAAACUGACUUUUAACCUGCACAGGCUGAAUACUUUUCUGAUGUGAUCAGACACUGGAGCAAGGUUGAAUUAACUUGUAGGAAGAGCAACUUGGUAAACUCGCUAUUAUGAUGUCUUGACUUUCAUGGCGCUGCAUUGUGCACUGAUGCAGACACCUUCAUGACAGCAGCACAGAAACCUCGGAUCGGCUCCUGGUAUCUCACAACUUUGUAUUGUGGUUGCCUCUCAAGAACUGCCUUAUGUGUUCUCCUGAAUUCAUCCUACCACUCACACUAAGACUGCAUCCUGACAAUUAUCGCCUAAACGAUCAGCAUGUGGACAGUGAUGUCAUUUAUAUAGUUUUGUUGUUCAAAGGUGUUGAUGAAGAAGUGGACGUGUGUGUGUAAUUAUUAACUUAUUUGAUGUUAUUUUAAAAAUGUUCCCAUCUUUAUAUGACCCAGUGUUUAUCAGUCUGAACAUAUUGAUGUCAUUAUGUACAGCUGCACUGUGGAUUCACUUACCAAUACAUAUAUCUAUCUCCUACACCACAAAUAAAGCCAUACAUGUAUGAGACAAUGUACUGUGUCUAUAUACUAGCUUGAAAACAGCUUAAGUACUUGGGUAAGGUGGGAGAGUGGAUAACAUGUCACUGGACAUGUUGACUCAGACUUAAUGACACAAAUGUUGUACUGUAUUUCAUAUAACCUCAGCCAGCUGCUGGUUUUCCCUUGGUGAAAGUAAAUCAUCAGGUGGGCAACUCAAGAUACCAAAAAUUAUAAAUAAUAACAGCAAGGCCAAACUUAAAAGCAUUUCUUACUGUCCAAGGAAUGACCGAGUUGUUCUUUUAUUCAAUUUUUGAUUGGUAACAGUGUAAAAACCCACUGUGCCCGUGGAAGACUGUUUGUCACCAACCUCAUCAGAUUGCUGGAAACUUGAUUAUGUUUUUCGAUAAUACUGUUGAUGUGUAUUUUUUAGAUGUGUGGUAAUAAAGAAGUGUUUGUAUUGAUA